GUGUACGGGCAGGGUGGUAUGGCUGUCUCUAACAUUCAGCAGGCUCCUCCUACUGCUGGUGCUGGUGCUGGUGCUGGUGCUGGUGGUGGUGGUGGUGGUGGUGGUGGUGCUGGUGCAAUGGGUGCUGUUGUGUCGGGCCCUGGCUUUACCCUAGGCACCGUUGCUCCUCCUCCUGCUCCUGCUCCUGUUGCUCCUGCUGUUACUGCUCCUGCUGGUGGUGGUUCUGCUGUGUAUGGUGCUGCUGGUUCUGGUGGUUACGGUGGUGGUGGUGUUUCUGGUCCUGGCAUGCAAGGCAUGCAAGGCAGUGGAAUGGCGGCAGCAGCAGCAGCUGCGGCAGCGAGGGGCGAGCAGCUUAUUCUAGUGAGUGCCAGUGAUGGCCGGCUGGUGGGGCAGGAUGGGGUGACUCUGCCGCAGGGCGGGGGGAUGCAGCAGGGGGGGAUGCAGCAGGGGGGGAUGCAGGGGGGAAUGCAGCAGGGGGGGAUGCAGGGGGGAAUGCAGCAGGGAGGGAUGCAGGGGGGGGUACAGGGGAUUCAGCAAGACAGGGUGCAGCAGGGGAGGGUAGAGCAGGGGGGGAUGCAGCAGGGGGGGAUGCAGCAGGGGGGGAUGCAAGGGGGAGUGCAGGGGAUGCAGCAGGGGAGGAUUCAGGGGAUGCAGCAGGGAGGGGUGCAGGGGGGGAGAUUGCAGCAGGGGGGGCAACAGGGGAUGCAGCAGCAAGGGGGGAUGCCGCUGCAAGCAGAGACAGGGGGGCAGCAAAUAUUUGUUGUGGGGCAGGAUGGGAUGUUGACUCAGCAAGCUGUAAGACUUUCUGGGCAGCCUGUGGGGCAGCAGCAGCCACUGCAGCUCCAGCAGCAGCAGCAGCCACCGCAGCAGCAGCACACGGGAAUCUCAGGUGAAAUGUCAGGUGUUUUGCAGCAGUAUGAGCCAGUUCGCGUGUACGGUGAAGUGGGCAGCUCCUAUGGCGCCACUUCUGCUGGGGGAAGAGCGGAGGGACUUCGUUCGCAAGGCUCCUAUGGCACUACUGCAAAUACCCCUGGACCUGGGGGGUAUGGUGCGAGUGCACCCUACAGUGGUGGUGCUACUACUGGUGACUCGUCCCUCUCUACUCCCCCUUGGCUUGCCACUGCCCCGGUUUCUACUACAAAUGCUCCUCCCCUCCCCCCUGGACCACCUCCCACUUACGACACAAGAAUCGACACAAGGGGUGCGUCUGCAGGAGCGGGGUUAUCAGCCCAGCCGUACGCUGGUAACCGUAACACGAAUACCAGUGAGCAAUUCAUUGGCAGCAGCAGCAGAUCCAUCGGGCCCGGUGGUUUGUCUUACGUUGUUGAACCCCCCCCCGCGAUGCAGCCGGGCCAGGGGUACUCUGCCAGAGGACCAGAACCGGCAGGGUCCGGCGGGUAUAAUAAUGGUGGCAUGGGGAGCAGUAACACCGGGAGCGGUGGUUUCGGGAAUAGUUACGUUGGUAAUGUGGGUGCGCCUGGUGGUGGUGUGGGCGGUGGUUACUCCAAUAUGCCCUCUUAUACGCCCACGCCUGCUCCUCCUCCUCCUGCUGAGGUUUAUUUUAGUGGGGGCAGUGCGUAUGGUGGACGGGCAGACGGAAUUAUUGGUCGGGCGGAGGGUUUUAUGGCUCGGGCAGAAGGAGGGGCAGGAGGAAAUGCGGGCUGGGCAGAAGGAAAUAGAGGAGACGGGAUUUUGGGCAAGCCGCAGGGAGUGAUGAUGAGUCCACCAAUGGGGAGGCCGCCACAGGAUCAGGAAUUUGCGAACCGAGGGAAGCGGGUGGGAGGUUCGUUGAACAGCAGUGAAACUGGUGGUGGUGGUGCUGCUGCUGCUGGUGGUGGUGGUGCUGGUGGUGCUGGUGGUGCUGGUGGUGCUGGUGGUGCUGGUGGUGCUGGUGGUGCUGGUGGUGCUGGUGGUGCUGGUGGUGCUGGUGGUGCUGGUGCUGGUGGUGGUGGUGCUAGUGGUGGUGGUGCUAAGGAAACUCGCCACCGUCAGGAGGGCCCUUCCUCUCCCUCCCACUCCCUCUUCGCCGAGCGUGUUGUCACCGGGAGCAUUUCCUUUGCUCGCUCAGGCUACAUUGGAGUUCUGAGCCCAGUAGAAGCGGUUUCUUUGCCUUGGCAUGCUACAUUGGGGUGCUGGGUCCAGUGGAUGACAGUUAAGCUGCUCCUUCAACUGUAUCUGGUCAUCCCUCCCUCACCCCCCUUGCACCUCCCCUCCCUGCCCAGCGUGUUGGAUCCAGAAGCGGUUUCUUUGCCUUGGCAUGCUACAUUGGGGUGCUGGGUCCAGUGGAUGACAGUUAAGCUGCUCCUUCAACUGUAUCUGGUCAUCCCUCCCUCACCCCCCUUGCACCUCCCCUCCCUGCCCAGCGUGUUGGCUCCAGAAGCGGUUUCUUUGCCUUGGCAUGCUACAUUGGGGUGCUGGGUCCAGUGGAUGACAGUUAAGCUGCUCCUUCAACUGUAUCUGGUCAUCCCUCCCUCACCCCCCUUGCACCUCCCCUCCCUGCCCAGCGUGUUGGCUCCAGAAGCGGUUUCUUUGCCUUGGCAUGCUACAUUGGGGUGCUGGGUCCAGUGGAUGACAGUUAAGCUGCUCCUUCAACUGUAUCUGGUCAUCCCUCCCUCACCCCCCUUGCACCUCCCCUCCCUGCCCAGCGUGUUGGCUCCAGAAGCGGUUUCUUUGCCUUGGCAUGCUACAUUGGGGUGCUGGGUCCAGUGGAUGACAGUUAAGCUGCUCCUUCAACUGUAUCUGGUCAUCCCUCCCUCACCCCCCUUGCACCUCCCCUCCCUGCCCAGCGUGUUGGCUCCAGAACGUGUUGGCUCCAGAAGCGGGUUCUUCGCCCUGGCAGGCUACAUUGGGGUGCUGGGUCCAGCGGAUGAUAGUUAA